AAAGGUCUUAAACCCCAGUUCUAGCAGCGAAGGCGAAUCCCUAAUUCCCCACCAAAAUUCUGGCGGCGGCGAUGGCGGCGGCUGCGGCGAGGUCCGGAUUCCGGCGCAUGUUCUCCGUCUCGGCAUUCGCGCCGCCGAAGCCGCCCGCCCCGCGACCGCAGGCCGACCCCUGCCCGAACCUCUUCGUAUCCGGACUGAGCAAGCGUACCUCAACGGAAACACUUAGAGAUUUUGCAGCAAAGUUUGGGGAAGUUCUGCAUGCACGAGUUGUGACAGAUCGUGUCAGUGGUUUUUCCAAGGGGUUUGGCUUUGUAAGGUAUUCUACAGUUGAAGAUGCAACCAAAGGAAUCGAAGGAAUGGACGGAAAGUUCCUUGAUGGAUGGGUUAUUUUCGCCGAAUAUGCUAGACCCAGACCACCGCCGUCUCAACCAGAGAUGAAUUCGCAGCCCCAACAAUCGUGGGGCCCUCCAUCAGGUUCCUGGGGUGCACAGUAGAUGAAGAGAGAAUCAUGGGGCCCUCUAUCCAGCCUUGGCGUUCACAGCGGAUCAAAGAAGGCCAUCAAUUCUAUAUUGAAUUGUAGCUAUAUUGUGCCAUCCCAGGUGUGAACAUUUGCUACCGUUGCGAUAUUCUUAUCGUGUUGCAGUGGUCGUUUACUCGCGUCCAUGGCUUCCACAUGAAGUAGUUGUCGAACCGAAUACGGACCAAACAAGUAUUACUGUCAAAGCGAAACAGGACACGAACAGUUUUAAACA